AAAGAUCAACACAUCACCGGUGAAAUGACUCUCAUGUUUGGAUAGGUUAUCUCUGUGUCAAUGUAGCGUCAAUGACUCCGAGUCACCUACACUUGACCGUUAAAGAUGCACAUUUCAGACGAGCGAGUGACUAUCCGAUAGCGAGCGAGUAUCCCUAAAAAGUGUAGAAGAUGGUUGGUCUUGCCUUGUGGGUAUUCAUGGUAAUGCUAAACUUCACUUACGGAACGCAUUACGACAUGUACAAGAAAAUAAACACAGGCGGCCCGGUCUGCUUUGAGGCAAAGGGAGACAAGCCUGCCGCGGUGACGUACAAUGGGACGGAGGAAGUGGUUUUUGGCGUUGCGCUUGUGCACGUAUCCGGAAAGGUUUCCUGCAACGGAAAAGGUUACAGUCCUUUUGGGUGCGGAGGGAAGUCGUUCAAUGUCUUCGUCACGGACCAGCAAGAUGAAGUCAUCCUCCCAAGGAAAGAGCUCGUCAGAGAUGUUACCGCCACCCAUGUCCCAAUAUCUGUCCGGAGCGAAGGUUGUGAUGACGUUGGUGUUAAGCCAUGUGGAAUUGCUCGGAUUUGGGUCAACGGAAAAGAUUACAGUCUGCAUAGACGAGGCUUUAACUUCGUGGUCGUAGACCCAAAGACAGGUAGAAAACUUGAUGCCCAAUCUUUUGAUACAUACGUCAAGCCAGUUGACGGUGAGAGGGCUUACAACUACACCAAGUCCCUGAAGGGCGAUAAAAUUGUGCUGGUGGCUAUCCAAGACGCAGCGUGGGAGCAAUUGACCAAGUUCCCGAUGCACCAAGAGCUUAUCAGACUUGGAGCAAAAGGACCCAUUAUAAGGGGAUUUCGCACUUCGCUCGCUCUGAUUGGUUACGCGGGCUCGGAAAGACCCCAGUGGUUAUCCUUUGGACAAAAUGCGCGAUACAAGGGCCCAACCACAGUCACUGCUAACAUCCCAUUUAAAACAGGCAAGAGCUUCUGGUACAAGGUAACCAAUCGUGACGUCACGUCCAAGUCCAUUUUGCUCGCCGAUGUGCUGAACCCAUUCCUACUCGGCCCAAAACAGCAGCUGAAGGUCUGGUUCGGAGAGGAUCUUGACAAUCAAGCUGAGGAUGACAACGCGGGUCGCACAUGCGUAGAUGUGUACGCUUGGCUGGCCUGAUCGCGGGCUAGCAAAGAAUUUAUCGCGAAGUUUAAAAAAGUAAAUAAACUUCAUUAUUGAAUAAAAGAAAAUUUAUUUUCCAA